UCUCUUCGACUGUAAGCCACUUUACACAUUUCGAACGCGCCCGUUCGCAGUCUCGUCGACUGUCAUCGUCGGCGGCCAGUUGAGCUGGUUUAGUUCUUAGCCUCUUAGGGAAUGGGCAACGUGGUGGAGGCGGCGGCCGCGAUCUCGCCGGAGCUCGGCGACGCGCUGGCCAAGGUGGCCGUGUUCGCGCUCGUGCAGGGGCUGGUCUACCUCAUCCUGCGCAAGUCCUCGGACGUCUUCUCCACGGCCAGCGCGGCGAGGUCGCUCAGCUUCCGGCCGAUGCGGAGCAUGAGCGUCCGCCGCGUCCUGGCGGCCUUCUCCGACGUCCCUGUCGGCGUUCCGGAUGACGCCGGCUCCUCCGUGACCCCGCAGGCCGGUGAUGCUGACCGUGACCGGAGGGCAGACUAGUUGAAGUGCUUUGUGUUGAACUAAUGUACGAGUCAGCGGUGCGUGCUUUCUUAGUUUCUUAGCUAUCGUUUGUAGUGAUUGUUCUUAAGAAAGGUUAUAUGAUGAGCAUAAAAAAAUUGUGUGUGUACAGUCGA